AGCGUUACCAUUCGUGAUGAAAUGGACGUCUUAGGAAAUUUUAUAUCGCAGUGAAUUUUGUUUAUAUCUCCGAUAAUCUACGUUAAAAACUUUUGUAAUCACUUUUAAAAGCGUCCUUUUGCAAUAAAGAUGUAGUAUCAUUAAAAGUUAAGAGUGGAAAACGUUAAUUUAUUGUAUAUAGCCCUAUGCUUCGAUGUGUGGAGUAAGGCAAACGAAAAUUGAUUGUAUAGAGAAAACUUAAGUUGAUAUAUCAAGGGUUUUUAUAUUGUGUGGUAAUAUAAUUAUUAUUGUUUUAUCCUAUGUUAUAAGUGUAAAAUAGUGUUUUAUAUAAGUGUUUGUUGUUUUUAAAUGGGAUUUCACGAUAUAGUAUAAAAAAAAACUGAAGAGAAAUAUAUGAAAUUAUGGCGCUCUGCGAAAGUCAACUCGAUUCGGCCUUACCAUCCUUAAACAGGGACGAGUCUCCAAACAGCGAAGGAAGUCAGAAGCCGACCCCCGAAAAGAAACCCAAAAUGGAUCACAAUGGAGAAAUAUAUGGGUUGAAUCAAGUGCCUAGCGGGUUGCCACUGACCGUCGACUACCGUUCGCCAGUCUCUCACUUCGUUCCGCCCGAGCUGUACGCGCCCAGACCUAAACAAGAGCCAAUAAGCACCGCAGCGAGUUCGUACACUCCAGAGUCCAGCGAACCUCCAACGCCCGUCAAAAGGAAGCGUGGAAGACCUAGGGUCGACAAGACCAGCCCCGAGUACCUCGCAAAUCUGGCCGCACGGAAACAAGCCAAAGAAAUGGCGGCAAUGAUGAAUAAUCGGACCCCGGAAAGCGGGGAGAAACGUAAGCGUGGACGUCCACGCGUGGACAAAACGAGCCCAGAGUACCUAGCUAGAAAAAAAGCUAGGGAGUUAGAAGCGUUGGAGAGGAAAGCCAAACGAGAAUAUAAACGACGAGCUACAGGAGAUUCUGCCGCUUCGUCGUCCGCCGGAGAGACAACUCCACGGACCAAAAGAAAAUACACCAAAAGAAAUCCGAGCACUAAGAAGGAUGCAAAUCCGUCGACGGAACGCGUGAAGGGCAAGCGCGGUAGACCGCGGAAAGUGGACCAGCUCGCUGCGAACAACAAAACUCAACAACAGCCCAAGAUACGUGUAAGGAAUAAUCUGAUGCCUGAAAUAUCGGAACCGAUCACACUGGACAGCGAUGACGAGCCAGAUCUUGGCUCACCUAGCCAAGCGUCCGACUCGCUCAGUUUGGACGAAAACCUUCGAGCUCUGAGACACAUCCACGAGAAAUACGCCAAUAUUGACAAAGAUGAUUUAUAUGACACACACUUGUUGGCGGUGAACUUCAAAAAACCGCUCGACUCUCAAAGGAGGGAUGAGGACGAAGUACUCUCCGUUAGAAGCUCGGAAGGAUGUGCCUCAGUCAAAGAGUUGGAGACGCGAGUGGAGAAACUGGAGGACAGUUCCAACUCAGACUCGGACAGCAGUAGUUCCGGAUCCGAACGACGUCCGGUCCCAUCUCAAAGCACAUCUGGAUCUCGUAAUAUCAGAAGCAGCAGUUCUAGUUCGGGAUCCUCUAGUUCAUCCAGUUCAGACUCGUCGAGUUCGUCUGAUAGUUCUGAUAGUGAGUCAGAAUCUGCCGAAGAGAAACCUAAGACUGAACCACGGCCCGUCGUGAACCAUCCUGUCAAUGAGGAUGAUAGAUCAUUUGGUGAAUGGUCCAACAGCGGUGCGAUGUCGGACACCGGGUCCGAUUCGGAUCCAGAACGAUCAGCUGAUCCGGCGGCGCCGAACUCGAACGACGAGAUAAGCGAGUCGGAGAACGAAUCUGCCGACAAAAGCUUCCAAUGUCAUAUCUGUUCAAAAUGGUAUUCUACGAGGGUCACUCUCAAAAUCCAUCGUCGCGUCCAUCAAAACCGCGGCGGUGGUAACUCACGGUCGCGAGCGCGUUCUUCAGAAAGAUACGAAUGCGACUGUUGCAGCGAAACAUUUAACCGCCGCGAGAAAUUAUGGGAACACAAAGCGGAAGCGCAUCGUGGCGCCAUGACAGUACGGUGUGAAGUUUGUCGAAAAUGCUUCGAAGAUGACGCUGAAUUAGCUGCCCACGAUCGCACCCAUACCGCAGAUGAGAGGGCCGGGCGCUGCCGUGUCUGCGGGCUGACGUUUCCCCGCUACGAGCAGUUGCGGCGACACACCGUGUGCGCUCACGGAGGCAGUAGCCGCCUGCCGCACGCCUGCGCGCAGUGCGGGAAGCGGUUCUCUCACGCGCACUCACUCACGCGGCACAUGCACAACCAUACCAAGCAACUCUAUCGCUGCGUCGUGUGCAAGGCGUCAUUCGCGCGCGCAGACCAACUGGCCCAGCAUCUAAACAGCCACCUCGCGAACUACAAGCGUCUGAAGCCCUGAGCAAUAUACUACGCGUUGGGAGCAUGGAAUAUCGACACAAUUAUUAUUAUUAUAUUAUAUUAAUAUAGAGUUUUAUUUA